CUCUGCACCACCACCACGGGCACCCUCCUCUCUUCCUCCUCUUCUUCGCUUGCACGAGUCCAACCGCUUGUUCUCAAACAGCGGCCGAGCUUGGCCAUCUAUCGUCAGCCCGUUCGGGGCGUUCGAGCCAGUCGAGCCAGUCGAGCCAGUCGAGCCAGUCGAGCGACUCGAACGACUCGAACGACUCGAGCAACUCGAGCGACUCGAAGCAGUCGAGCCACCCGGCUCGGUCGAGCCCACCGCACAGGGCCUCCUCGCGCUUCCGUCUGCUGACCGCCAUGGCGUCAGCCAGCAGUACCUCGUACAACAAGAAGUCGAGCGCCGUCAAGCGCAUCCUCAGCGAGGCGCGGGAGCUGGAAGCCGAUGGCUCGCGCGAGUACUGCGCUGCUCCUCUCGAGGACAACAUCUUCGAGUGGCACUUCACGCUGCGCGGCGCGCCGGGCAGCGAGUUUGAGGCGGGCAUCUAUCAUGGCAGGAUCCUGCUGCCGCCGGAGUAUCCAUUCAGACCGCCGAGUCUGAUGCUACUGACGCCGAAUGGCAGAUGGGAAUGCGGCAAGAAGAUCUGCCUGACCUUCACCGGCUUCCACGAAGAGCAAUGGCAGCCAGCCUGGGGCAUCCGCACAGCCUUGCUUGGCGUGCAAGCCUUCAUGACCGCGCGACGGGAAGCCGCGCAGGGAGUGGGCGCACUGGACGUCUCUCAGACCGAGCGCGAGCGCAUGGCUCGCAGCAGUGUCGGCUGGACGUGUGCGGCAUGUGCACGCCGCAACGACGAGAUCCUGCCGCCUGCGCCGCUCGGCGAACGUCGCGGCGCAGAGCAGCUGCCGCACGGCCUCGAGGUGGCAGACGCAAGUACACCUGCAGAGGGUCCGACACCGGUGUCUCAAGCAACGGACAAGGCCCUCGCUCAGGCUGCGGCUCCGGAAGCCGCACUUCUCGCUACGCCACAGCCGACGGUUGAAGAGCCGCCCGCAGCGAACCUUGCUGCACUGGCAGCGUCUGGCGCAUCGGCUGCGUCUGCCGAGGCCAAAGCUCCACCCACGGAGCAGGUCCCGCCGCGCGUACCAGUCGCGCCAGCGCCGUCUGCGUCGACAGAGGCGGCCACUUCAGCACCACUUGGCGUCGCCGAUGCCGCCACCUCACGCGCAUCGGGAUCGAGCGCACCUCGAGAGCGCAGCACGCCCUCGUGGCUGCCUGCGCAUGCCCCACCGCCGCCACCGCCGUCGUCCGCCGCUUCUAGAGCACCAGCAGCUCAACCUGCGAUUCGUCUGCCGCACGCUGCAGCGACCCUGCGGCCUCAGCGCCCAGCGCUCGGUCCACGCGUCUCGACGGGCACGUUGCGUCCCGCCGCUGCUGCUGCCGCCACGCAUGCUGCACAAGCCGCCGCUCGUCCUGCCGCCGAGCAGCGAGUGGCUCAGCUCGACCGCGCCAUCGCUACCGUCGUGCUUCUGCUGGCUUGCAUGCUUGUGCGGCGCUGGCUGCAGUAGACUCCUCCUUCGCCUCGCCUCAGACCAUCUCAAGCCCUUCGACUCGCUCUGUAUACCUGAGAGACGCCUCGCUCAGCCUCACCCUGCUCUCUGCUUCACUCUGCCACUGCGCUCCGCUAAUGACAUCAGCCGUCUGC